AUGAAUAAUAUAUCCCCAAACACAGCGAUAUCUAGAAAAAAAUUGCAAGUAUAUCCAUACCCUCAUGUUGACACGACAAUUAUUAGAAACCACUGGACUAUAACAUAUAAAAAGAGAGAAAUCCAGGAAUCUAUCAACAGUGGAAAAAGGGUUCCCAUAACCAGAAUACGAUGUACUUUUAUACCAUUGAGCUUUGUCUCAAAAUACUGAAUUAUGGUGGUUUGCAUCCAUUCAAAAAUGACAGCAAGCUACAAUUUAUUUGGUUCCUUAUAAUCAGCUUCAGUCUUUGGAUUACAAUCUAUCUAGUAUUCUUGGAUUUGUACUUCAAGGAGAAUGUAACUACGCUUGAAUUGACUGAAGCUUUUUCUGCGUCGUCUAUGGUUAUAC